AUGGCUGGCAGGGCCCAGUGCAGUGCAGGUCCCGGGCAGGUCCAGGGCAGUCCUAGUGGUCCCAGUGGUCCAGUACCUAGUCCCAGUGGUGCCAGUAUUCCCAGUGGUCCCAGUGGUCCCAGUGGUCCCAGUGGUCCAAGUUCCAACAGUCCAACAGUCCAACAGUCCAACAGGCAGCUAGUGCCGACAGCAACAAGGAUAGGGCACAGUGCAGCAGAUACCGGAGAUGGCAUCUUUAUGCGGGGGGACCCUCCGUAUUACGGGACAGCUACGGUACUCCGUAGAGUACUCGUGGAUAGGAUCAGCUGCCGGGAAAGCCAGGGCGUCUGGAUUGGUGCUCAGGAGUGCGCAGGAGUCUCACAGUCUUUGUACGCGGUACAUCUCAGCACCUCGGCCAUGGCGAGUGGGAUGGCAACAUUGCCAUCCCACUCGCCAUGGAUGGCGGCAUGCAGGCCAGCCCUCGGCGAGGGUAUAGAGUUUGACACUGUCAGCGAUCACGAUUGA